AAAUCAUGCUGUAUCACCACUACAUCAGCUAUUACUUACUUUAAGAUUCUAUGCAACUGGAACCUUUCAAUUUGCAAUUGAUGAUUUUGGUGGCAUUCACAAAUCCACCAUGUGCAUGAUUAUAAAAAAGGUUACAGAAGCAAUAGCGUCUUUACGUCCACAAUAUAUUCAUUGUCCUAAUUCAAAUCAAAGUCUAAGGCACACAAAAGAAAGUUUUUACAACAUUGCUCGUUUUCCUAAAGUCAUAGGAGCUAUUGAUUGUACUCAUGUUAAAAUACAAUCGCCAGGUGGAGAAGAGGCUGAAGUAUACAGAAGUAGAAAAGGGAUAUUUACUAUAAAUGUGCAGGCUGUUUGUGACAGCACUUUAAAAUUUUUAGAUCUUGUAGCACGAUGGCCUGGUUCAACCCAUGAUUCUACCAUUUUUAAUGCUAGCAGAAUACAUGCAAGAUUUAUUAAUGGCGAAAUGGGAGAUGCACUAUUACUUGGUGAUAGUAGUUACGCUUGUUCCAAUUUUUUAUUGACACCACUACUUGAAACGCAUACUCAAGCUGAACAAUUAUAUAAUGAAUCUCAAAUACGAACACGAAAUGUCAUUGAAAGAAGUUUUGGAGUAUUGAAACGAAGAUUUGCUGCACUGGCAUUUGGUUUAAGAAUCAAAUCCUUAACUGCACAAGCUGUAAUAGUGGCUACUGCAGUACUACAUAAUAUUGCACGAGACGAAGCAGAACCUGAUGCUCUAGCCGAUUUCGAUGUUGAAGCUGCAUUUGAGGAAUUGGAAAUUCAAGAAGUACAAUAUCAUAAUGGCAUUGAUAAUGCUAAUUCUUGUCCGUUGAGGUGUACAAUUG